GAUCUAUGUUGUCGAAGUUGUCAUAAUCUGAAAUAAUCUGCUAGCGAACGCGUUUUCAUUGACGUUUCGUAGAGAUACAUCUGAAUUGUCCGGCGAAAUGCGCAAGUGCAGCCGACGAACUCGGUGUACUUGCGGUCAAGGAGGUAGCAAUACUGCCAUUCAAUUCUUUUCGAUUUCGCGGACGUAAUUUUGACUCGCAUCUCCUGGAUGAGCCUCAAGUUCGCUCAUCAGUUUCGUUGAGUGCGCGUUGCUCUUAGCUUCAGCCGGGACAUCUUCGUGACUGUAAAAGAUGCGCCAUAGGUGGUGUCGUAUGUUUCUGGGACUCAUAUGCGUAAACUUUUUCUCGGUGUUUAUUAUGUGGAUAUAUCUCGACAGCAAGUGCCCGUGCUACGAGGCAUCUCGAGAAGGCGGCGACGUCAGAGCCACCGGGGAGGCAGCCCGGCAACAUCAGCGCUCGUUCGCCGCGCCUCAGGGCGAUCACGACUACAGUGCCGGGGGAGCUUUGAAGAUGCGCAGCGCGGCUCCCCUCGACGACAUCUACGACCUGCCGAACUCCCUCGUUACUCUCGUGGUGCGCGAGUUCGAAUUCUAUGAGCACGACCUAGUGGAGACUGUUCGCUCUUUCCACACAGUGUUUCCGCGCAUGCCGAUCGUGCUGUUUGCAGACGACGUGCCGUAUCCGCCUCUGAGGUUUCCCCGGGACGAAUUCGGCCCGAACGUGACCGUCGUCCCACUCUCCAGGGAUCCAGGCCGCUACCCCAACGCUACGCGGUUGGAAAACUACGUUAAGACGGACUUGGUGCUGUUCGUACCCGAUUCCGUGCGCAUGACGCAGCCAGCCAUCGUCACUACCAUGAUCAAACGCAUCUUUAAGAACCCGCGCCUCAUGGUGGCCGUUCGAAUCGCGGGAGAGAUGCGACGCUGCCUGAACCUGGACGUGAACUUGCGCGAGUGGACGCUGGUGUAUCGCAAGGCGCCGCGCACGGCCGAGUCUCAUUGCGAUGCGUUUGGAGGCCGGCAUCUGCUCAUGGUCAAGUCCGAACUGUUGCUGUCGCUCAGCGAGCCGCUCGUGCGCCCGUUCCCUGAGGCGCUGUACGUACAGACAGCGCUCAGAGACGUGAAGAUUGAAAUCGUCGACAGCCUAGUUGCCCAGAAUGGCCGCACGCUCUUCACAACAGAGCAUAAUCGAGAGAAACUGCGUGCAGCCACUGCAAGUCGUCGAUCACAGCUCUACACCAACUUUGGCGUGAAAAAAGUUCACCAGCCCGGUGGGGAGGUCACGUGGCAUGGCUGCAAGCGGGAGACCUCUCGUUGCUUUGGCACUGUGGUAGAUGAGACGCCGGACUACCUGUACAAGGGGCGCUGGACACCACCGUGUUGCCUGGAAAACUUGCGUCGCACAGCCAGGCAUGUCUUUGCCAUUCUGGAAAGGUGCAAGACCCGUUACUGGCUAGAAGGCGGUAGCCUCCUCGGUGCUGCCAGAAAUCACGACAUCAUUCCAUGGGACUACGACAUUGACAUUGGUGUGUAUAGCGAUGAUGUGCAGCGCUGUGAGUGGCUGCGAAACUCUCAAAAAGGUUCUGUGAUUGAUGCUGAUGGCUAUGUGUGGGAGAAGGCCACAGAGGGAGACUUUGUUCGUGUUCAGUACAGCAGCACCAAUCGAGUGCAUGUGGACAUCUUUCCCUUUUACUCCCGAAACGGUGUCAUGACUAAAGACACGUGGUUCAAGAGCCAUCCGCAAGACAGGGAGUUCCCAGAGCACUUUCUGAAGCCUCUAUCUACUAUCCUCUUUGUAGGAGUGUUUGCAUCAGCACCCAACAACAUCACUCAGUUUCUGGAGCUGAAAUUUGGGAAAGGUGCUGUAGGGAAGCCAGAGUAUCCAAACCCAGCUUUGUUGGCCUAUCCGAAAAGCACUGGUGCUUAGCGUUGGACUAGAGCAAUUGGUAUGUGGAAUUCAAAACAUGGUGAUAAUAGUCUCCAUAGCAAUUUGUUGCAACGUUUCUGCUUAAUUAUUGUAGAGCAUAACAUUGUGCAUUUUCAACUUUUUUGUCCUUUUGGAUUCUUGUAGGCUUCAGCAAACUCGGUGCAGUGCUUUGCCUUCAUAGGCAUAAUGACAUAAUAUCAGGCAUUUUAUCAAUCUCUGAUUUACUCUUGCUUUGCUCAGAGUUUGUUUUCCUUUGUGGAACCUUUAGAAUGUUUUGUAAGUCAGCAGCCACUGCAGAGCGAACCUUUUAAAACAGAAAAUACAUAUUUAAAAGGCUAAAUAUAAGAUUUGCUGUGGCAUUCCGUCCUCAUUGCUGUCAUUGUGUCAUUAUAUCCUCAUUGCUGUUUUUAAAAAGAAAUAGGCAGUCACUGACCAUGUGUUAUGAUAUGGCGAUGUUUUGAAAUCUGUGCGAUAUCUACGAUCACAGCUUUGUUCUUAAUUUGCUGCAUCCCUGAUAAUUACACACUCCUUUAUGACUUUCCUAUGUUCCUGUUUGAUACACAGUUGAAUUUCGUUACUGAAGUCUCAUCCACAUGAAAAUACCUUCGUCAUAUCUGAUAUUUGUUACUCGAUAUUGGUGAUAAACGUAUUAGAUUUACUUUGUUAUAUCCAAUAAUUUGGUAUAUGUGUUUAGUACAUCAAGGUUGGACUCUGUGUUUCUAAAGUUGUGCUUUCUUUUUGCCCAGUUUGUUUGUAUGGUAUGGUACAACUAAUGCGCUUUAUCCAGAUGGAUCAUCACGCAGGCACAGGGUCAUCCUGUUGGGGAGUGUGUUAAUUGCCACAUACCACACCCCCUACCCCUUUUGUUCUGUUGGUUAUAAGAAAAAGUGGUCUCUUUAAUUGUUUUGUGCAGUGUGUGUCAUAUCGCCACCACUGACGUCGUAAACACCAUCUGGCAAACAAAGGGGCAAACUUGUGUGGAGCGCGCAUAACAUAAUCAAACCAGGCUGAGAGUUGGGCAGGAACUGAUUUUAAUAAACACAGUCCGAGUAUAUAUGGAGCUCCGUGCACUACAUGGUUGCAUGACUGAUGGAGGCGCACUUCACCAUCCACUGAAGAACUAAAAACAUUGAUUGAGAGGUCAGAGACUUGACUCAGAGAUCUGUAACACCACAGUGUGAAUAGUGGAAGACCUGACUUAAAAGUGAACUCCAAGGGUUGGUAGUUAUCCCAACAAACAGCUUGCCCACCCAAAAGCUCAUUCAAGUGAAACAUGAAUGCAUACACUUUCUAAGCACACUGGGACAUUGCAUCUGUUUGCCAAUAUGAUUAGGUUGUUCAAUUGAUGUUCAAGCAAGUGAUAUUUCAUUGUAUUUGACCGUCAUGUUUAGCCAGGUACUACACUCACUGGUUGUGUGACCAAAAUGUGUUUUUGGAACCACUUUAUUGCAGGUGGUAAUAGCAGGCAAAACUAUAUUAGUGCAUCAUGUAGUAGGUCGGAAGCCAUUUUUGCCUAGCAUUUUUUUUUAUUGUGUUCAGAACUAUGGGUUCAGUCAGUUUAUUGCAUAUUUUUGUCAGACAGGGCUAAUAAUUUUAAGAGAAUGCAUAUCAUUUACUUUUUAUAGCGAACAUUUACCUCAAGUUUUGCAUUUCCAUGAUCAGUGCUGUAACCAGAAGCUUUAUUCAGUCAGUCAGUCAAGAACUUUAUUGAAGUCCUGAGGAGUUUCAAGCCGUUGGAGAUCCCACGCGAAGAACUCCUCCGGCCAAAACCGUAGGCGACGCCCAAGUCGGGACGGGAACGUGGUGACGCGCAAGAAAGAUUUGUUCAGCCUGCUAAUAACCUGUUUCAAUUUCUCAAGAGGGUGUUACAAAAUUUUAAGAAGAGCUAUGCCACCGAAACAAACUUUAUGGCUAUGCCUGCGGCCAUGAUCAUGUACAGAAAACAGAAGUGCUGAGUUGCAUGUUUUCAGGCACGGCAUUGCAAUUAGACUGGUACAUAAAGCAGCUUUAAUACUCGAUUUGUUGCAGGAAACUUAAGGAGUACUGACAUGGCAACUUUUAUAUCAUUUUUUUUUUGUCUUAACUGAAGGUUCAAAUCCUCUAAACCUUGGCAAAAAUAAUGGCAAGUACCAGAGUGGCCUGACCAGAGUGUCCUGACUAAUUUAACGCAAUACUUGUUUCUGUGAAGCAGUUUCAGUUUUGAUACUGAGGAGGUGGAUGCGUCAUGAUAUCAUGACACACCGACUUGCUUCGUUCCCGUGAUCGCUACAGCUGCAAAAUGUGAGCAGAGCCUGGAGGAACACACACAGCACUCUUCUGUUUAGAUCGGCAACGCCAUCAUAUUUAACUUUAUUGAUACACAACGUUAGCAAAUUUGCCAUGACGUCAUGUUGAUGUCAGGUCUGCCAUUGCGAGAUGACUGUGGCUUCAAGUUAAAAUGUAUCUUCAACCUUUGUACUUGCUAAAUGUGGUCAUAUUGUGCAAGAGAAAUGUGUGGUUGGGUAUAUACAACUUUGAAAAUAUGUCAGUACUCCUUUAAGCUUUCAUAUAUUUCUCUACUGAGGGGAAAUGUGAAGCUGGUAUGUUACUUAUCUGGAAUUGCACAAAGCUCAAUUGCACAAGUUUUACCAUGGAUGGAGACUUUGUUAGCCAAAAAUGGGUGGAAAAAAAAAAAAAGGCUGGUGGCGCCAUCUUGAAAUUCUCACAAAAGCUGCCUGUGACAUCAUAAAGUUUGCCAGCAUAUCUUCACUGCUCAUUAACUCGAAAUCAAUAAACAAAUUUCAAUUCCGAUGGGGGGCCCAAUGCAAAAGCAUUCAUGCACUAAAAUUUGGGUGCUAAAUAAGGAACCCUAGAGGCUCAAAUUUUUUUUACUUUAGCUUUUUUGUAUCGAUUUCGCAGUUAAUUUGUUUUCACCUUAACACCUUUACUGCUGUGAUCAAUCUCGAAAAAAAUUUUAAAGUUAAAAAGAAACAGUGAAAGUCAUUGUGUAUUAUUUUCUUGUCGAAAUUACAAGAAACUGAACACGUACACAUGUGCAAAAAUUGCCAAAAAUUCACGAGUUAACGUAUCAUCGGCACCAGAGGAUACUCAUUGUGAUGGUAGUUUAUUUCGUCAGUGGCAGUUAAGGGGUUAAGGGCCCAAAGGCAUUGAACAAUGGAGGGCCCAAUUACGUGUGAAAGUAGUAACUGUAAAAACUUGGUAAAAAAUCAUGAUUAAAAAAAAAACACUGUGAAGUGCCUAUAGUCGUAAAUACCAAGCACAAUGGUGUUCCCAGCAUUGAAAACACAUUGCAUAGAGGAAAUACAAAAGGCACAAAAGUAAGGGUAACGAAGAAAAAUGUGUAGUAUAGGUUGGUGCUUCAACUGCAAUGGCAAACAAACAACACAAGGCAUGUUCUAAUGGGGAAUACAUAACACGUAAAAAAAGAAAGUUUUGUGUAGAUUGGCUCUAAGUCACAUUUGGUUAGUAAGGUAGAUGUUUACUUUUUUGCAGAAUUUUAUGUGGUCUGUAGACAUCCCAAUGCUGUUUGGUAAGCUAUUCCAAAGGUUUAUAGCAUCUCAAAAAAAUUAGCUUUGCAAAUUAGACGUGGGGCUUCAGAUGUGUGGUAUAGAAAGCUUGUGACUGGUACACAAAGGGGUCCUCAAAGGUUGUUCUAGUAGCAGGUUCUGAGUCUUUGGGUUAUAAUAGAAGGCAUGUAAAAGGCAUAGUCCUGAGAUGAUGCGGCAUGAGACGAGGGUUGUUUGUUCUAGUGAUAAAUUUAAUAGUGUGAUACUGGUAUCCUUUGCAUAGUUUGAUGUUAUAAAACAUGCAGUAUGGUUCUGAAUCGUUUAUUAGUCAGUCGUGAAGUAAGGCUGUCAUGGAUGCUAGACAGAUGAUGCAUACUGCAAUUUCGGUCAACUGAACAUUGUGUAGGCUAGUUCUUACUUCAGGAGAUGCAUCUUUCAGAUUGCGUCUUAGAUAGCUAAGUCCGCGUGAGGCACUUGAGCACAUGGAUUCUCUGCAGGAUGUCCAUGUUAAAGAUGGGAUUAUGUGCAAGCCAAAGUAUUUGUACGAUUCUGCACAGUUGUUUAGAACUGAUUUUAUGUAAUAAUUGUUCAGGCUAAUCGAGCUUUCUGAUUGAGUUUGAGUUCAGAUAUAUUGCUGUUACACUUGUUGACCUGCAGAUUUCUGGGAUAUUACAUGUUGUUAAACGUUUAUUUCUUUCUUUUUCAGUAAAGUGUUAUAAGCAAAGAUUUCUAAUUUCCAACAUGGUAGCUUCUGCUCUUUCUUUUUUUCCGAAAAAAGUUUUCUUUUCUGUAUCCCAUCAGGCAUCAGUUAUAGUAUUUACAUUAAUCAGAUAGUAUUUGCUCUGUUUAUGUGAGCAGUAUCCCCACAGCACUGUUAAUGCUUCCUGUUACUGGAAUACUCCAAGUUUUCAGUUCAUUUCAUACUACUGAACUACUGUUGCGUCUUGUGUCAUAGCAUUGCUGUGUACUUAGCGGAAUUUCUAGCAUUAUGAAUACUUAAAGAACAAUUUUUGCACUGUCUUUAUACGUGAUAAGGUUAAAAACUUGUGCUCUGUGGUGUGGGCUUGGGGUCACAGACCUUUUACCUGAACUGCAAGUGAUUUUCUGAGCAUUGCUUAUUAUUGCAUUUAAACAAAACUUUGUUUCACGUCUCUGAUUUAUUUGUUUUUACGUUGCAGAUGCACUUUGUGUGCACUGCGCACCUGUAUUUUUGUUGGAGUACGUAUUUGUACGUGCAUGUGCCAUUUUUAAUAUUUAAUGAUGUGUAAGCAUUUAAGUUCAAUUGCAGUGCCAAUUGUGCCCCUGCGCAAACUCUUAAUGCAAUACUUGAGAGUUCUUUUCUGUUAAUAACUUCAUAAUUCAUGUCUCAAUUUUCUAGUCAUAUUGUACAAUGCUCUUAUGUAAAAAAAAAAAAUAUUUACCUUCCUCUGUGAA